AUGAGCGGUCAACCGGAUCCCGCACCUCUGAAGGAGCCAUUGAAUAAGGAGUUGUCCCCCAACGCUCCUGGCAACAAAUAUCCAUCAUUUGUCGAGAUCGCGAGGGCUUGGGGUCCUCACAUACCUCCCGACACCAGCUACUACGCCAUAGAGUACAAUGACCCAGCCCUACUGGAGAAUAUCAAGAUGCUCAAAGAACUCAUGUCUGAGUACGAUCAAGAUCCCACCAAUCUCCUCGACCUCGUCAUGAGAGUUCCACCUAGGCUGAGCAAGUCAAUUGUUUACCUGGUGGUUAUGCUUCUUCAACAGCAAAAGUUGCUCGAGAGUAUACUUAUGGUGACGGAGCUGCGUACCAAGUAUGACGCUGGGGCCAUCAGAAACACAAAGAACGGCCAGAACGUGAAGGAAAAGAAGAAAAGGACAAAGACUAGAAAGCCGGCCAACGUGAAGAAUGACAACGAGAACGCCGAGAAUCGAGAUUCCAUGGCCUUCAAGGGUUCAGAGGAGAAGAACGAGCAGAAUCAGACGGAAGACAAGAUCAGCAAAACUUCAGGGUCCGCCGAGAGUAAUGCUGGGGCCAACCCCAACCAUCUGGUGGUUUCCAAGAGCAAGAAGAAGAAGGAGUCAAAGAAGAAGAAGGCUGGCAAGGCCAGUGAGAUUGCCGGGAACAAACCAGGGGUCAACAUUGACCAGCCGGCAGUCCCCCCAAUCACAACGGCCAUGGCAAAGAAGAAGGCUGAGAGAGAUUCUGAGUCUAUUAUGAGCAAUGCUGGAGCGAUCAUCAGAGAGUCGGGAAUCUCUGGGAGCAAUAAGGAAAAGGCAAAGGAGAAGAUUGACAACCAUUCCGAGACUGCCAAGAAUAACACAAGAGACAAUAUCAAACAGCACGCAAUCCCCAAGAGCAAGAAAAAGAUUGCAAAGACCAACAAGAGAGAUGGUGCUGCGGAUAAUCGGGAAGAAGCUAAGAAGACACAGCCCGAGAGUGCCACAGGCUCAACGAAGACGCAGAACAACAACAAGGUCGAUGGUUGCUCCGAGUCCGACAAGGGCAAGAAGAAGGCACAAGUCAGCCAGACAACGAAUGGAGAAUUUUUCUCUAUCUUCGAGAUCGAGUGCAUGAAGAGAUCACAGGCUCGUGUUGAACGCGGGAUCAAAGAUUGCCAGGAAGGGUGGAAUGUGGUGCAGAAAAUGGAGGAGGCACUGACAGAGUCCAAACGAGCCAAAGCCAGACAGAUGCAGGCUCAGGAGCAGAAGAAAUCUGCCGAGGGUGGUUAG